UUCCUGUGAAAGGUAAACAAAUGGCGCUGUGCACUCCAAGUAGAAAAAUGACUCAAAAUGUAAGCCGAAUACGGAUAUUUAAGAGUUCAAAAUGCCCGGACAGAAGAGAAAGUACAACGUUCGCUUUCCACCCGGACGCAUCAAGAAAAUCAUGCAAAAAGACACAGAAGUUGGAAGAAUCGCCACAGCUGUACCGGUCAUCAUAUCUAAAGCUUUAGAAAUGUUCCUCAGAUCUCUUCUUGCCAAGACCAGUAAAAUAACACAGUCAAGGAACAGCAGAGUGAUGUCCAUCAAUCACAUGAAACAGUGUAUUCAUUCAGAGAAGCUGUUUGACUUCCUAAAGGAUCUGGCUGAUCAGCCUUCCUCUGCAUCAGCAUCAGAGUGCAAAACUAAGGGCAAAUGGCAGUUACACCGGAAACGCUUGCAAAGUGCGUCUAUCAAAGCCAGGUCGCCUGAAAGGCAGGAGCCACCCCAGAAAGCCACCAAUGAUCUAGUCAUCAACAAUGAUUCAUCAAGUGAGUCGGAGCUUUUUAUCUGUUUGGAAACUCGUUCACCUUAACCGCACGUUGAGUAGUCUCACUAGAUCCAACAAUCUUCCCCACUGAAAACUGCAGUAUUAUUUAUGAAGACCCAAAAUCCUUUUUUGGGGGGUGCUGUUGUUAUUUGACAUAAAUGUUUGAUUUUUAAUAUGUGAAUCUGCUUUGUUGUGGUGCUAAAUUCACCAAAGAAUUAAUUAUAUAAUUGUUUGUUUUCAUGUGUUCAAGUUCUCCAUGGAGAAACUGUCAUCACAUUCAUUACGUUUUAUAUUUAGCUAAGAAAAUAAUUUAUGUUAUAGAGACAUUUUUUGGUAAUGAGCAUCUCCAAUCAUUUUCUUUCCAUUGGAUUCAUAAUUAAAACUGUAGUUUGAACGGUGUACUGUUUACAAUUUAACAUAAUUUUCUAAGCUGUGAGUUAUUGGAUAUUGUAAAUAUGUAAAUAUUUUUCUAUCAGCUUUGAAUGCAGGUCAGUGGUUUUGUUAGUUAUCCACAGUAGGUUUAGGGGUUAUUUAAGAAGCAUAUUGUAACAACAUCAAGUGUAUUUUAUAGUGAAUGUUCUAUAAAGUAUAUUUUAAUAAUGAUUUGUUAUGUUUAUAAUACAAUGUUUAUAGAUAUUAAUAUUCUACUGCUCACCUAACUAUAGAGGGAUACAAUACAAUCUGCAGUAGAAAAAAAUGUUUCAAAUAACCAAGGAUCUAUCACAGAGUAAUGCAAAAUUAUGGCUGAAUAAAAUAUUUGA